AUGCAACAGAUAAACAGAGGCAUAGAAGCCAAAACAACAGGGGAACUGUUAGGUGGAGUGGUGAGUAAACUGACCAAGUUUGAGACUUGGUUAAAUAAAGGAAAAGAAGAUGACCAAGAAGUCAAUCUGAAUUCCCUCAAGGAACUGGAACGUGAGAUGGUACUUCAGGUACUGUACCGGGAUCAGGUGGUGCAAAAGGUUGAGGAGGAGAGGAUAAGGAAACUGAAAUUGCACCUGCAGGAUCUUAGAUGGAGACCAGCAAAGAACACAAAUCAGGAAUACAAAGAGAAAUCCUGUGCACGAUGCCAGAAAUCUCUGGGCUCUGUGAUAAACCGAGGAGGUGUAUGCCAGGGCUGCAGCCAUCGAGUAUGUUCUGAGUGUCGGGUCUUCCUGAAGAAAACCUACAUGUGGAAAUGUACCGUCUGCUUUGCAGAUGGAGAUGUAAAAAUAAAAACUGGAGAGUGGUUCUUUGAGGAACGAGCCAAGAAAUUUCCAGCUGAAAGCAAACAUGAAACAGCUGGUGCAAAGCUCUUGAAAUCUUAUCAGAAACUGAGCAAAAUUUCCGUGGUUCCUCCCACUCCACCUCCUGUCAGUGAGAGCCAUUGUGAAUCCAACACAGGGGAACUUGGUCAGCUUAAAGGAUUUAAUAAAUCGAUGGAAAAUUUGUUUUUGUCUCUUACCACACACAUAAAAAAAAUCUCCAAGUCCCAGAAUGACAUGACUUCUGACAAACAUCUUCUAACAACCAAUUACAGGGAGGGUAUGGACCGGAAGGAGAGAAGGAGCCAGUCUGACACUGCCAUCAACUUGACAACCAGGACUGUCAGCUUAACAGAUCAUCUUAGACUUGUCAACCAAGAGGAUGAUGAAAGCUUUAUUAAUCCCAUCUUGCAGCAAGAAAAUAUUUUACCAGUUACUUCUACUCAUAGCAUCAUGUUCUGUGAUGGCAUCAAACGUGGAAGUUUGACGAGCAUUAGCAGCACUUGUACAGAGGUGGGCAGUUUUGACAAUGCUAAUGUUACUGGUGAAAUACUAUUUGCCAUUAAGUAUGACUUUAAGGCCUCUACAUUAGAAAUCUGCAUCAAAGCCUGUAGAAACCUAGCCUUUGGAGAUGAAAAGAAGAAAAAAUGCAAUCCCUAUAUAAAGACCUAUCUGCUACCCGAUAAAGGCUCUCAGGCCAAGAGGAAGACAAGUAUCAAAAAGAACACCGUGGAUCCUCUCUUUCAUGAGACUUUGAAGUAUCGUGUGGAGUAUUCCCAGCUGCAGACCCGGCUGCUCCAGGUCUCCGUGUGGCACUUGGGAACACUCACCCGGAAGAUGUUUCUGGGAGAAGUUUUGAUUCCUCUGGCUUCCUGGAACUUUGAAGACAGUAAUGCACAAUCAUUCCACUGGUAUCAGCUCAAAGCUAAGCAUCACAGAAUCGCAGACUCUCAGAGUUGGAAGAGAACUCAGAAGCUGUCUAGUCCAACCUAUACCUGAAGAAUGUCCUCUCAAACACACAUAGCCUGCGAGUGCUCAUUCGGCCUUGCUUCAAGAGCUCCAGGAAUGGGGAAGCCAUUCCACCCAAGGCUGCCCACCCAUUUCCACCUUGACGUUGUUGUUCUGUUUGCUGGGGCUUUUCCCCCAACAUCAAGCCUAAAUCAGGCUUUCUGCACCUUGCGUCCAGUGUUUAUAAUUUUACUCUCUGAGGUCAAGUAGAGCAAGUGACAGCCUUCUGAUACUCAAAGAUAGCUACCCUAUCUCCUCCUGCCUUCUCUUCUUCAAGUUAAACAUCCCUGGUUCCUUCAAUUGACCCUCAUAUGAUAUGACCUUGUAGCCGUUCAUCAUUCUGCUUCCCCUCUUCUGGAUGUGCCUGUCAAUGUCCUUAAAAAUCUGGUCCCCCAUCUGAACACAGUGUUCCCAAUAUGGGCCGACCAGGGCAGAGGACACGUGAUUGAAUCAGGUUUGUGUUUUUUUUUUUGGCUGCAGCAUCAUGCUGUUGAUGCAUAUUGACCUUGUAGUCUACCAAGUGCCACCCCCACCAUCCCCCCUCUCCCCGCCCUGAUCUUUGUCAGAUAAACUACUAUCUGGUUAUGUUUUCCACAUCUUAUACUUGUAAAUUUCAUUUUUUAAAAAAAUCCAUGACACACAUUACAUUUUUUUCUUAUUACAUUUCAUCUUUUUGAGGGGGUGGGGCA